AUGAACUAUUGUUCAUUGUUGGGUCGUGUGCCGCCACGGGAAGCGAGCCGGUGCAGGCCGGUGCGGCCGGUCAGGCGCACAAUGCAGGAGGACAAGACAUUGUGUGCAGGCUGUAUUCUUUUUGUAUGCAGUAUAUUGUCUGGUUAUCUGCAGUAUCGCUCUUUGUUCCAUCUGCAGUCCGUUUCCUUGUUCUAUAUGCAGUAUAGCUCUUUGUUCUCUGCAGUCCCACUGGUUGCACUGCCACCUGCAGUUCCAGUGUCAUCGGCUGCGCAUCGGCUGCGGACUGUUGCUCAUUCUUCUUGCUUGCUUUCAAUAUUCUUGAUGGAUCCCAUCUGGACGAUUUUCAGGUUCAAAAAGGUCCACUACUACCUUGUGCCUUUAGUGGCAUUGGUAGUAUGGUGGGGAAUGCUUACUGCCAUGCUUAUUUGUUGGGGUGUUCAAGGAAGACCAGUUUACAGUUUUAUGGACGAAAAGCAAAAUCCAGUUUAUAUUUCUGAUGUGGGGGCUACUAAUUUACAACCGUUGUUCAUUUCAUGUGCUGGAUUCCAGGCGAUUUUCUUUGUGGGAUCAUUAAUUAUGGAUUUUGUUUUGAGAAAAAAACAUAAAUUGCAGCCGUUUGUUCUGAAAAGACAACCCAAGCUUGCUAUUGCUAGUAUUGUUUGUGCGAUUAUUGGCCAGUUGGGGAUUCUUUUCGUGGCAAUCUUCAACACCAAUGCUUUUCAUCGCGUCCAUAUCUCCAUGGUGGGAGUAUUUAUUGCGUUUUGUUUUUUUGCUUGUCUUUUCAAUUUUUUCAAUUCGUUUAUUUUUGGCAAUUAUCCCCACCGGCUCAGUCCCAAUCACGAAAAAGUCAUUUUCAGCAAUCACAGAUGGGGAAACUUGUACAUGGUUUCGUUUUGGUUUAAAUGUUUCUGGCUCGUAUGUGCUGCCGUUUUCGCAUGCUUUUUCGGCGCUUAUAUGAAGAAAGAUAAGAACAGUAAAUCGGCCGUUUUCGAGUGGUUGAUUUCUUACUGGUACGGAUUGCUCUUGGUGAUGUGGUCUAUGGAUCUCUUCCCGUCUGCUGUAAAGCAUUAUAGAGUAAGACAUCCGGAAAAAUUUGAGGACGUCCAUGUGAAAAAUGAACUUGAUGAUGCUCACACAAUUCUGACUUUGGGUGCCCCAACUUAUAGCCCUCCACCCCAGCCUACAGACACUACGCUUCCAUCAACACGACCAGUUUCUGGACAAGAUUACAGAGGUGUACAAGAUAAUCAGUACGCAGCCGGAUAUCCUUCACCUCAAAUCCAGCGGUAUUCCAACCCUCAAACUGCACCUUAUAAUGGUCCAGUACAGCCCAGCAACCACAAUAGUGCUACAGAACCCAAUUCUACAUCUGCACAUCCGCGUCAUGAAUUUGUGAUGCAGAAAGAGGAGGUUUGA